GAUUUUACUUCGUUUGAUGUUUAAUACAGCAGCAAUAAUUACACAAAAUUCACAUCAGAUGGCAAGUAUUAUAAUUAUUUUAACAAAGAUAUUUCUACAUUUUGUUGAUAUAAUACGGAGGGUUUGGCACAAUAUUGGUUUACGGCAAAAAGAUCACGUUACGUCAAUAAAAUGCAUGCUUCAUAUUUUGUUAUGAGUUUUUAUAAUUUACAAUUUAUUGUUUUUUCUUUUAUCUUAAAAAAUGCCAACAAUGUAUUUUAAAAGUUUUAAAAAAAAGGUAGACUCAGCAACUUCUUUAGAGAAAUGUUAGUCCUACUGUAACUGCGCAAGGAACUUUUAUGAGCUGUUCCAGUGACGCAGAGGUUUAUGAUUGGCUGCAGGAGUAAUCGCCCCUCCCCUUUCUCAGGCAUCGGCCUCGGCGGGGCGUGGCCACAUGCCUGGACUUGUUUUCAUCUGUUCAGCUGCACAGACUGCAGCUUUUUAUUCGGGACUCGUUUGUUAGAGAAUUAAAAUGUCUAUCAAGACAAUAUGUACGGUUCUGAGCCGUGCGCUGAGGAGCAGUGGGAACCACGGCUCUCCCCUGGUCGCCGGCUCCGCAAACGGGAGCAGACUGUCCAGCACAUGCGGGUCUUGUGGUGGAAAAGGCGAGGAGGAGACAGAACAAAGUUGCAGUUCAGACCCGGAGAGACCGAGCGGUGAUGUGCAUUCGUCCUGCAGCGAGUCGGCUCCUGCGGAAGCCAAAACGCGACCCAAGAAGAAGGUGGGCGGCUCCGGUGUCGGUGGUGUGAGGGGCCGGUCGUUCACCUCCACAGCCGCUCCAAUAGACCAGGUGUCCUACUUGUGGUCCCGGUACAAUGACAUGAAGCGGUUGGUUCACGAACUGAUUCCACCCGGUGCCUGUAAGAUCCUCAACGCCUCGGCCAUCUACGCCAACAACGAGGUCAGCCUGGGCGAAGUGGACAUCUACGGCUUCGACUACGACUACACGCUGGCGCUGUACUCCAACGCUCUCAACACAAUGAUCUACAACAAAGCUAAAGACUUUCUCAUUGAACACUUUAAGUACCCCGUAGACAUCCGAAAAUAUGAUUACAUUCCCAGCUUUGCCACUCGGGGUCUUCACUACGACAUCCAAAAGGGUCUUUUGAUGAAGAUCGAUGCCUUCCAUUAUAUCGAGCCUGGAACUGUGUAUCGUGGCCUGAAUCCAGUCCCAGACGAGGAGGUCCUUGAACUUUUUGGGGGAACAUUUCAUAUCCCCCUGUCCAUGGACAGUGGCUUUUAUGGAAAGGGGCCAAAGGUCAAGCAGUUCAUGGACAUCUUCUCCAUCCCAGAGAUGACUCUCCUGGCCGUGGCUAAUGACUUCUUCAUCACUAACGACAUCGACUACGACCCAGUUCAUCUUUUUAAGGACGUCUCUGAAGCUAUCGGCAUGGUCCACCUUAAAGGCUACAUGUACAAAUGGAUCAUGCAGGACCUGGAUAAGUACAUCCUCCGAGGAGAGGAGACCGAAGCCGUCCUGCACCGAUUGGUCAGCCAGAAGAAGAAGCUCUUCCUCAUCACCAACAGUCCGUUCAGCUUUGUAGAUAAAGGGAUGAAACACAUGGUGGGAAAAGACUGGAGAGACUUCUUCGACGUUGUCAUCGUGCAGGCGGACAAACCUCACUUCUUCACCGACUGCAUCAAACCUUUCAGACGCCUGGACACCAAUGGAGACCUUCGAUGGGAAAAGAUCAAAAACUUGGAGAAAGGACAGAUCUACAAACAGGGGAACCUGGUUGACUUUCUCAGACUGACAGGCUGGCGAGGAUCAAAGGUGCUUUAUUUUGGAGAUCAUCUGUACAGUGACCUGGCCGACCUCACAUUGAGACACGGCUGGCGUACGGGAGCCAUUGUACCAGAGUUGGAGCAGGAAACCAAAGUAGUAUGUACGGACCGGUACGCACUGAACCUCACCUGGCUGCAGGCUGUUACCGGCCUGCUGGAGCAGCUGCAGACGCACCAGGACCUGGAGUCUAAACGGGUUUUUCAGGAAUGGCAGAAAGAGCGAGAAGAACUCAGGAUUAUGACCAAGAACUUGUUCAACCCUCAGUUCGGCAGCAUCUUCAGAACUUGUCACAACCCCACCUACUUCUCCAGACGUCUGUGUCGCUUCUCAGACAUCUACAUGGCGUCCCUCAGCUGUCUCUUGAACUACGACCCCACCUACACGUUCUACCCCCGCCGCACCCCGCUGCAGCACGAGGCUCCGUUGUGGAUGGAUCAGCUCUGCACGGGCUGCAGGAAGACGCCCUUCCUGGAGGAGAUGUCUCACAUCAGAUAAGAGCCGCGCUCUUACAGACUCAUCUGAACUGAUCUGAACUCUGGGCCUGGAGAACACUUGAGAUCCACUCCUCCUCAGCCAACAUUCAUCUCAGCUGCCUACACACAGCAGUCCUCAUAGUGACCCCACUUACACUGUGUAAUCGCUAGAUGGUGCUGUAGACGUAUUACUACGCAGAGGGACCGGUUGAAUGUGCUGUGGUACAUGAUUGACAGUCUGAUUUCUGCCUCAGUGUUAAAGCUGUUACCGCACAGAUACAACAAAUAAAAAACAUUUUGUCUUAAUCUUG